AUGAAGUUCCUCGCUGGUCUGUCCCUCGUCCUGCCGCUGGCAUCCGCCGCGGCUGUGGUCCCUCUCGAGAAGAAGAUCACCUACGAUGGCUUCAAGGCCUUCCGUAUUUCCACGCAUAACGACCCCGCGUCGAUCAAGAAGAAGAUUGCCAACAUUGCGGCGAUCCCAUUCAAUCUCGACAACAGCGAGCACCUUGACGUUGCAAUCCCCGCUGGCGAUGUCUCCAAGUUUGAGGAGCUUGGUCUCGAGACAUCCAUCCUUCACGAGGACCUUGGUGCUGACAUCGCCGAAGAGGGCACGUUUGCUCCCUACAAGAGCAACGACGAUAUCUCUCUUCAGGCUCUCCCCAGCCUGACGUGGUUUGACUCGUACCACACUUUUGCCGACCACCAGCAGUUCAUCCGCGAUCUGCAAUCCAACUUCCCAUCCAACUCCGAGUUGAUCAACGCUGGUAACUCUUACGGCGGACGCUCCCUCCUCGGUAUCCACCUGUGGGGUAGCGGUGGUAAGGGCUCCAAGCCUGCCAUCUACUGGCACGGCACCGUCCACGCUCGCGAGUGGAUCACCACCAUGGUUGUCGAAUACCUCACCUACCAGCUCAUCGAUGGCUACCAGAAGAAUGAUGCCGCUGUCAAGGCUCUCCUUGACAAGUACGACUUUUACAUUCUGCCCAUUGUCAACCCUGACGGCUUUGCUUACACUCAGACAAACGACCGCCUUUGGCGCAAGAACCGUCAAGUCAGAUCCGGCAGCACUUGCGUCGGUACUGACAUCAACCGCAACUGGCCUUUCAACUGGCAACUCCCCGGCGGAGCCUCGACUAACUACUGCUCCGAGACAUACAAGGGCCAGGCCGCCGGCGACACCCCUGAGAUGGUCGCCCUGAAGGCUUACACCGACCGCCUCGCCGCCGGCAACGGAAUCAAGCUCUUCAUCGACUGGCACAGCUACGGCCAGUACAUCCUCCUGCCCUACGGCUACGACUGCUCUGCCCGAGCCUCCAACCACGCCCGCCAGAUGACUCUCGCAACAAACACUGCCAACACCAUUGCCCAGGCCUACGGCACUCGCUUCACCUACGGACCUAGCUGCUCGACUCUAUAUGCCACCACUGGUAGCGCUCCGGACUACCUCACUGGCGCUGCUGGCGCUGAAGUCGCUUGGACUAUUGAGCUGAGACCCUCUGGAUCUGCUGGUGGUGGGUUUGUUCUUCCUGCUGCUCAAAUCCUUCCCAGUGCGAUUGAGCAGUGGAACGGCAUGAAGUACCUGCUAGCAAAUGUAUAA